UUCUGAUUCCUCCCUCUGUUCCGCACCAUCCCUCCGGCAGUCCGGCUCAAUCGUCUAAAAUCGAUGCCGAGAAAAACCAUACCUAUUUUGAGAUCAUAACUACAGCCGCUCCAGAACCAGAAAUUUGAACGAUCUAUCUCUCACAUUUCUCUGCCCUGAUACUCUAGGGUUUCAACCGCGGGAUUACUCACAAUUCUCGGGCUUCCUCGAUCGAUUUCGUGUCUCUCAUGUGUUGUGGAGGCAAUCAGCUGAACUGAACACGAGCGAGUUUCUGUGGUCGUUUCUGUUUAGCUCUCUUUAGGCCCGAGGCGGGAGGGUGAACGGAUGGCGAUCGAUCUGGUUCUGAAGCCGUCGUGCAGGUGCGGGUCCACCGCGAAUCUUUACGGGAGCAAUUGUAAGCACAUGACGCUGUGCUUGGACUGUGGCAAAAAAAUGGCGGAGUCUGGGGCCAAGUGCUACGACUGUGGCGCUACCGUUACUCGCUUGAUACGAGAAUACAAUGUUCGGGCUAGUCCCAACAACGACAAGAACUAUUUCAUUGGUAGAUUCAUGGGUGGGCUACCAAGUUUUUCGAAGAAGAAAAGUGCUGAGAAUAAAUGGUCUCUUCAUAAGGAAGGACUGCAAGGGCGCAUGCUGUCAGAGUCUUUGAGGGAGAGGUACAAGAAUAAACCCUGGCUGUUGGAAGAUGAAACUGGCCAACACCGUUUUCACGGCCACAUGGAAGGCUCACAGUCGGUGACUUAUUAUCUGUUAAUGGUGCAAGGGAAAGAGUUUGCUGCUAUUCCUGCUGGUUCCUGGUACAACUUUAACAAGGUUGCACAAUAUAAGCAACUGACUCUGGAGGAAGCAGAGGAGAAGAUGAAGAACAGAAGAAAGACAGCAGAUGGAUAUGAAAGAUGGAUGAUGAAAGCAGCAAACAAUGGACCGGCUGCUUUUGGGGAAAAGGGAAGUUUUGAUGAGAAAGAUGAUGGUCCAGCUGGGCCCAAAGGGCGAAAAAAAGCAUCUGGGGACAAUGAGGAAGGCAAUGUAUCCGAUAAGGGAGAGGAAGAUGAGGAAGAAGAAGCUUCUAGGAAAAAUAGGCUCGGACUAAACAAAAGAGGUGGUGAUGACGAUGAAGAAGGUGGACGGGGAGGUGACCAUGACAUGGAUGAUGAUGAUAUUGAGAAGGGUGAUGAUUGGGAGCAUGAAGAAAUAUUUACUGAUGAUGAUGAGGCGGUUGGAAGUGAUCAUGAAUUACCAGAAGAAUUGGCCCCCGCUCCUCCAGAAAUCAAACAGGAUGAUGAAGACGAGGACGAUGAGAAUGAGGAAGGAAAAUUGAGUUCGUCUGGGAAAGAGUUGAAGAAGUUACUUGGGAAAGCUGCUGGGAAUAGUGAUUCUGAUCGCGAAGAAGAUGACGAUGACGAUGAUAUGGAAGAUGACAUUUCCCCUCUAAUGGCUCCCAAGCGGAAAGAGGUUGUUAAGGAGGAACCAGUUGAGAAUAGUCCAGCAAAAGCAACAGCUGCGGGAUCUUCUAAGGGAAAUGCAUCAUCUUCCAAGUCAACAAAGGGGAAAAGAAAAGCUGAUGAUUCCAAGGCAUCCAAUACCGCAACUCCCAAGAAGGUGAAGACGGAAGAGUCGAAUACAAAGAAGGUGAAGACAGAAGCUGAACCAAAGUCAAAUGCCAAAGAAGAAAGCACAAGUAAUAGCAAAACUAGUGCAUCCACUUCCAAAGGAGCACCACCUCCAUCAAAAGCAAGUUCCUCAGCGCCUGAGACAGGCCCUGUAACUGAAGAAGAGAUAAAGGCUGUUCUCUUGGAGGUUGCGCCUAUCACCACACAGGAACUUGUUGCCAGGUUUAAAUCGCGUCUCAAAAAUUCACAGGAUAAGCAGGCAUUUGCUGAGAUACUGAAGAGAAUAUCCAGGAUUCAGAAGACUGCCGGCGGAGGAUCCAACUAUGUUGUGUUGAGGGGCAAGUGAAUUGAUACUUUGUUCGAGCAUGUAGGAGCAACUAGGUUAUGGGUUAACCUAGUCUCCAGCUCUCUACCUGAAAGCAUUUUGGUUUCUGUAGUGGAUUGCUUUGUACUUGGGAAGGCCCUCUGACUUGGUUGUGUUCCUAGAGAUCCAGGCACAACUUUGUACCGUUUGAAAUGUAACUGGCGUUCCUGAGAAUUUGAUACCACGAGGCUCGUUAGUUUCCUGUCAUCAACGCAUUUGUGGUCAUAGUUUGUUACUUUUUGUAGCAUACCCUGAAUCUAUUAAUGGUUACUGUAAUUAGUAAAGGGCACCAAGCUCGGUCAUCGUGGAUUGGGUUAGGGUCGAGAGUUGAGGUUGAUGUCGAUUUAAUGUAUGGUUGCGGGUUGG